AUGUCUAAUCCACUCCUGCGGUUGCUCCUUCCUCUCCUGCUUCUCCUGCUUCCCCCUCCCCUCCGGGAGUACUUCUCGGCCAGCCACCGGCCAAAGGAUGCCGGCUUCAGCGGCGAGCUGCACCCGGUCGUCCUGGUGCCUGGGCAAAGCUGCAGCGACCUGGAGGCGCGGCUCACCGAGGCGUACAAGCCGUCGGCGCCACGCUGCGGCGCAAUGAAGGGGAAUGGAUGGUUUGGCCUGUGGAAGAACGUUUCAGACCUGGCGGCCAAUGACUACGUUGACUGCUUCGUGGAGCAGAUGCGCCUCGUCUACGACCCUGCCAUCAACGACUACCGGAACCUGCCCGGUGUGGAGACGCGCGUCCCCAACUUCGGCUCCGCGAGAGGGUUCCACUGUAAAGACCCUCUUCACCCGAAACAGUGCGUCGAUUAUGUCAGAGAAGGCCUGGAAAGAGUCGGAUAUCGCGACGGAGAUACCCUGUUUGGCGCUCCUUACGACUGGCGCUACGCUCCUCCAGUGCCUGGCCAGCAAUCUCAGGUCUAUUCACGCUACUUUAGACAGUUGAAGUCGCUCGUCGAGACCGCGAGCAAGAAACAUCACAAGAAGGUCAUCAUCUUUGGGCAUAGCUACGGAGGAAUGGUUGUACUCGACUUCGUCAGGAACACUCCGCUGGCGUGGAGAAACGAGUACAUCAAGCACCUUAUCCUGGUAGCGCCUGUACUCUCUCUGGGCAUCCUAAUUCAGGCACAGCUCAUUGCCUUUGGUCCAAAUAUGAAAUUCGUCGGAGCUACCCAGUCGUCUUUGAGAACGAUGUGGAGGAGUUUCGAAACUGGCAUCGUGGAUCUGCCAUCUCCGAAAGUAUUCGGGCACAUGCCACUUGUGAUCACCGAGCAACGAAACUACUCUGCAUAUGACAUGGAGGAUUUCCUUGUCGCCAUCGGUUUCGGCGACAGUGUUGAGCCUUUCAGACGGCGGAUGGUCCCGAAGAUGAGGUACUUCAAGGUACCCAUGGUGCCUUUAACAUGCAUCAAUGGAGUGGGCAUUAGGACGGCAAAGCAACUCGUGUACUGGAAGAGUGACUACGACAGGUCCCCAGAAAUAGCGUAUGGAGAUGGAGAUGGGGCUGUCAAUUUGAUUAGUAUGUUGGCAUUUGACAAAGAGAUGAGACGGCAACCAGCACAAAAGAAGCAAUUCAAGUCCGUUAAGAUUCAUGGGGCGGACCACUGUGGGCUUGUUACGGAGGAAUGGGCAGUAAAGAGAGUCAUUCAAGAAUUUUUGGAAGCAAAUCGAAUUUCAUCAUAGGCUCACCCGGGUGCUACUAUGUGCUUUAAGUAUGAUAUCAUGUGAACUUGUGUGUGGAUGGAUUCCACCAUUGGCCUGUGUAGUCGUCAUUCUAUUAAUAAAUAAGAAUUGCACGGGCAGGGUAAGUGUUGCAGAACAAGCAACACUAACUGUGUAGUUCUUGGAACAUAGAGAAGGUCCGUGUUACAGGCAAUGUAACCUAGUCAUUCAGUA